ACCAACUUAAAGUGUGUUGCAAACUAAAUGGUUCAAUUCGUAGCUACGGUUUACAGUAGCAUUAGUAUUCUUUCUUAAUGACCGGCAAAGUAGAUCAUUUGGGCAUGAAUUCAACUUCUUCGACGAUUCAAAAAAGAGAGAGUAAAGGCUUUAAAUCUCCUUUUUUCUCGGUUAAGAAUGAGACAAAUGAUUUAGCCCCUAAAAAUUUUAUGGAACCAGAAACACCGCAUAUUAUAAAAACGUUAAUGGUCGUAAAUGGUCUAAAAACACUCGUAACGUUGGACAACAAAUCAUUAGAGUUUUUUCACCCAAAUUAUUUUUGGAAAUCAAAAAAGAAGUAUAAAAUCAACGUGAAGAAUAUAGUCAGCGUUACAAGACUUUGCGAAGAGAAAGAAAGUGAUGUUAAACCCGAAAUUUAUAAAGGAUCAGGCGCUAUACUCGACCGCACUUCGUCCUCCAGUGCCUUUACGCCUCGCAAAAUUGAGAAGACUUUUUCUAUUAAGCGAGAGCAUUCGGCACCGAGUAUUGAAACAUUUUGUAGGGAGAGUGCUGUGGAUCUAGCACCGUCAAAAGAUUUAAGGAAGGAGCUGAGGGCGCUCUCUUUAGACGAUCCUUAUAACUUUGAAGAAAGAUUCGCUAAUAAAAAUAUGCGGAUUAUUAGAGUUAGCACUGCGCACUUAGUAAUUACAGAGGAAAGAACUGCUGAGUCUACGGCUUUACCUCAACUUCACUUUCAACCCUAUUUUGCCUCUCAAUCGAAUGAUUUCACGGAAGUAAGUGAAGGAAACUUACAACCAAAAAAUACAAAAGCUUUAAAAGGCAAAGAAGGGGGCUUGGAAUUGAUAGAUGAGCGAAGCAAAAAUAAAAGUCCUCUAAAUCUUUCAGUUAAUAACAUUUUCGUUACGAAACCUUUAAAAAAGGUAUUCUCUAUAAUGAAUCAAGAAUCGGGCCUUUAAGGUUCUUAGUGGGAGCCAAGGAGGGCGGAAUUAGCAGUUUUUUGAUUACUUUAUAUACAAUAAGUCAAGGAAACUACGAACAGCAGGCAGGGGGAUCUUCUUCUAUACCAAAAUAAUAAAAAAGAAUGCAAGGGAGUACAC